AACAAUUUGAUGCAGAACAUUAUCUCAACUCUCUCCCAGAGCACCUGUGUAACCAAAUAAAAAGAGAACUUGGUCUGCCAGUGCUCAGGAAGGUGCCACAAUUUGGAGGAAUGGAGGAACAAUUUUUUAACCAAAUGUGUAACCGUCUUCAGCCAGUGCUAUACACGAGACGGUCUUACAUUGUAAGGCAGGAUGAGCUAAUUAGGCAGAUGCUCUUCGUGAUGCAAGGCAGUCUAUCAACGAGUACGAACGGUGGAGACAUUGUCCUCAGGGCGGGUGACUAUUGGGGUGAAGAACUUCACAAUUGGGCUAUUGAUACUAACCCAUUGCCCCCAUUGCCCAGCUCACCUGGAACUCUUUGUGCUUUAACUGAAGUUGAAGCAUUUGCUCUAAUGGCUGAAGACCUGAGGGAGGUUGUACACGAAUCUUUGAAUGCAGGGGCGGGUCAACCCUAGGCAUCUAGGGCUCCAAAUCAGACCGAGUUAAUAAUUCUUUCUGACCUUUUGUUAUAUUUCUCUUUGUAACAAGGGUAUCGUGUGUUUUACUGAAGUCUGGAGACCAAGGAGAAAACCAUCCUUUUUGAAAAUUUAACUAUACAUACAACAAUGUACAAGUUAUACAGUUUAAUUUGAUGUGU